CUUUGUGAAACGCUCCCAAAUUUACCAGUGACAAGACUCUCCUCUUGAGCGACCCUCUGUAACCCGAUAUCACGUGGAAUUCGACAUACACAUGGAUUUUUUACCAUUGCCUGAAGGCUUGUCCGAACAUGAGCUGGUGCCGGAGCUGCCUGGAGCUCCAUAUGACAAUCAAGGCUUCAGUGGCUACGAUGUCCGGCAGGGCUGGAACGUACAGCUCUUGCGAGAAGGAAAUAUCCGUGGGGCAAGAACUGAAUGGAAUGAGUAUUCGCAAGCAAGCCUAACCGAGCAUGGUGACGACGUCCACGGAUUUGACGGAGAGCAACUCGUGCAAUUCCUCGUAGCGCCGUUCAUUCAGAACUGGAUCAUCUAUGGUCUCUCUCAGUCGGCUCUUGGUCAUCACAUAUCCAGGGAUGAUACCACUUUUACCAGAAUCAACGAACGUGGAGAAAUGCGCAGAUAUUUGACAUUGAAACGCCUUUUUGGAGAAUUCUCAGCAAGGAAAGAAGAGCUUGCUCAGGAUGCCCAAUGGCAUCAAGAGUUUCCAGCUCUUUUAGAAGAAGCGUCGUGGAUCCUUGCAGACCUAGAUGCUCUUCAUGAUGAGCUUGGUGCACCGGUGAUUCCAGGGCCCACGGCUGUGGUUCUCUCAGCUCUGCUGCGCACUAUGCAGGAUCACGCCAUCAUUUGGUGUUUCCCACACAUAAUAGACACAUCCGCCCCCAGUCGCGUGAGGUGGCUUGACUACAAAUUAAGAGACGAAGGCUGGUGUCCCGAGCGAAUCGGGCGCCUGCGAGUUGAGCUGGGACCGGAAGGGUUAUAUUACGCCAGCCUCCUUGAGGUGAACAAAGACGGGAAAAAUCACGACGAGUGCUCAAAAUCUGCUUGCGUUGCGUACAAUGUGACAAAUUACGAUGCAUACAGGCAGAGACACGAUACCCGCUAUUGUGACUGCAGAGAUGAGAUAUGCACACAUGAUGUGGACAGCUGCGCAUGCAGAAUCGCGUACGAUGUAGAAUCACUGACCGAGAAGAUAAGGGUAUCAGUAAUGCAGGGGCGAAUACCAUUACUUAUUGCAUCCCAUUCGGAUCGAAGGACGGAAUUGGAAGUGAAAGAUUCUCACGAGGGCCAGGAAUACAUUGCAAUAUCCCAUGUUUGGUCUGAUGGCAUGGGAAAUCCACAUCAAAACGGUCUCCGGCCGUGUCUGAUCCACUUUCUCGACUUCUGUGUUCAAAAGCUGUUUGAGGCAUUGAAGCCUGGAGCAGAGCCGAUAUUUUGGCUUGAUACCAUCUGCGUCCCUCUAUUGCCUCGUGAAGCCAGAGAUGCUGCAAUAGAGAGCAUGCGCCGCGUAUACACAGACGCAAGCGCUGUCUUGGUCAUAACUCAAGAUCUCAUAUCGAGACCUCUACCAAGUACAUUUCAAGAGACCAUCGUUAGAAUAUGUCAGUCAAAAUGGUUGAAGAGACUGUGGACAAUGCAAGAAGGAGUACUAGCAAAGUCGCUUGCAUUUCAGUUUGAAAAUCACGCUAUCGACUAUGAGUUUCUCGACCACCAAGUUCACCGUGAGAUCCAUGCAACGACAGACAAAUCUGCUUUGGUGGGCAGCAGAGCGACUCUUAUGGUUUCGAAUCUCAUUACUAUGCAGGGUAUCGACAAAUCACGGGAAGACUUGUUUAACUCAUUUUGGUUUAACAUUCGUCAUCGUGCAACGUCGAGGCUUAGUGACCAAGCUGUCUGCGGCUCGAUCCUCUGUGGCCUUGAUCUUCGGCCCGUGUUAGCUGCCGAUGACGAGGACAAGAUGAGAGUCUUCUGGAAAAGUUGCCAAGAUAUUCCUUUCGGAGUCUUCUGGGCUAACGGUCCAAGGUUUGACCUUGACACGAUGCGUUGGGCCCCAAAGUCAUUCCUGCAUCCGAGCACGUGGGCUGUACCUCCCCCAAAAACCGGCCUGACUGCAAAGGUAUUGGAUGAUGGGUUGCACUUUUCUGGAGUAAACGCAUUCUACCUUCAGUCAGUUGAUUUGCCAAGUCUUGAAGACAGUAUGAUUGAAUUCCAAGCUGGAGUAGAUCCCACGGCCUAUACCAUGCUCCUGACUAAGAACGUCGACAAUCCAAGCUGGAACUCUCUGCGACCUUUCUGGAAAUGUGUCUGCCUCUUGUGGCAUGAGCUUCCCCAUUCUGGCGGAUUCUCGCAUGGCGUCUUGGUAUCUUAUUCUGGAGUGGAUGAGCAAGAACUCUGCGCUGAACCUCCACACGCGCAACAAACUGUUUUACGCAGCCGUUGGCUCGCUCAAGUCAAUAUAUUCGCCAAGGGCGGAGACUGGGAUGCAUUUGUCGCAUCUUUUCCAACAAGAUAUGGGAAAGACGGCGACUUGCUUCCGAGACAGGCCGUUGAUGUGAUUGUGCAUCCUUCAAGACCUCAAAAAAUCUCGAAAGAGCGCGAGUGGUGCAUCUAUUAAUUGAAUACUGGACGUGACGCAAAACUUUCUUUGGCGUCAUGGGCCUAGUUUAGAGGGAGUUAAUGACGCACAUUUCGGCAAAGACUAAGCUAAAGGAGAGAAGAAAGGAAUCCUGCUGAAGCAAGCGGAAAGUCAUAAUGAUAUCACGAUUCAUGCGCCAGUUUCACGCUGUCACAACCAUAAGGCACGGCUAGCGCCAUUUCAUUACCUCCCAUUUCUUUUUUCUUAAAGAUUCAGCGAGUCUAUCAUUAUUUACAGUAGCGCUUAUUAAGCCCUCCGCUCUCAUUAUUCAUCGUGGAUAAGAUUGACUUACAAGUUGCUAUGUCGAGUUCAAGACUAAGUACUAUGUAUUAUUUCUUUUGCUCUCUUGAUUAUUUAGUCUAGAAUUGCAAGACGCGAACAUUCCACAAGACAGCC